CAGACGAAUGAAGAAAAAGUGUUACGUUGUUUGAUUUUGUCAGUGUUUAAAGAGUAGAAUUAUACUAGUUAAUAAGACGAGUGUUUAUAAUUUACGUCAUAGGUCCCUCGCUAUUAUUGUCAUGGACUUGGGAAAAUGUCCGAAGAAGUGCUUUAAAGAUUGCAACCCUUGUAUGGAACGAGUGACUAAGAUGCUUCCUUGUACACACGAGCAAAUGGUGCUGUGCCACCAAGAUCCGGCCAAUGAGUUUUGCCAGACACCGGUGUGGAAAGUAUUUCAAAUAUAGUGACCUUUACGCUUGAAACUUUACGCAGUAUAUUGUCAGCUAAUCAGGAUGUCAGAAAAGCUGGAGAAAGUCAAGUUCAAGCUCUGGAGGUUACCGAAGGAUUUGGAAUUUAUCUCACUGAAAUAAUUUUCUUCGAUUCCACCAGUAAAAUUCGAUCUGGAGCUGCUCAUGCAAUUUCAACAAUUGCCCAGUGGGAUUGGCCAGAAGAAUGGCCAAAUCUAUUUACUACUCUGAUGAUGUACCUGACUCAAGGCAGUCAAGAAAGUUUACAAGGAUCCAUGUGUGUGCUACUUGAAGUUACUCACAAUGUUGAUGAUAAACAAAUGCCACAGGUAGUCCCAGUGAUCUUUCCUGAAGUGUACAAGAUUUUCUCAGAUAGUAGUAGAUACAAUGUGAGGAUGCGCUCACAAGCUAUUCAAAUCUUUACUAACCUAACUGAAUCAGUCUGUUCAGCUGGUGAAUACAACAAAGGUCUAGUAAAAGAACUUCUUGGACCAUUCCUUCUACCAUUCACUGAAGCUCUUGUCAAACACCUCCAAGAGCCUGAUGGCCCAGCAAGUGAUGUUGGCCUUAAAACAGCAAUUGUUAAAGCGCUUACUGUCCUUGUGAAGCACGUACCUAAACAGUUGUCGCAGUGCUGGCUUUUGCAAAUUUUGCCGACUGUUUGGAAUACACUGACUCAUUCUGCUCAUGUCUACGUCGCUUGCGUCGUUAACGAAACGGAAGAAUCAGAUGAGCUCAUGAGCAAGUUGACCCAGACGGAGAGGUUAUCAGCUUCGAAAAUGUGGUCUCCAGUAUCUUUGAGUUCGUCCACGCCCCUGUUGAGACUCCACGGUUCCGCAGUGCCGUUCGCGAUGGAAUAAGUCAAAUUAUUUACUAUAUUAUCCUCUUCAUGCAAAUAAUGGAAGAGCAAAUAUCGACUUGGGCUGGCAAUCCAGACCGCUUCGUCGAAGAUGAAAGUGAAGAUUCAUUCUCCUAUUCUGUUCGGCUCGCUGCUCAAGAUUUUCUUCUGGCUCUACGACAAGAAUUCGAGGAUGAAGCUUGCUCUGGCUUGUGUGAGGCUGUCACACGUCACUUGCAAGAAGCCGAAGUCAUGCACACUCAAGGCAAUAGUAGCUUUUGGUGGAAAGUGGUUGAAGCGGCUUUACUUUCACUCGGCGUUGUCAAAGAUUUACUCGAGUCUCAGCAGAAGGAAAACCAAUUGCCGUUGGAUAUAGUUGUAAUUCUUCAGAGUAGUUUAGAUCAGCACAAUCGCAUGGCAGCGUCACCCUUUUGCAUAAAUCCCCACAACAACGAAGCUCUUAAAGUAUGCCUCAAUCCACAUUCACCACCAACUUUUCACUAGGUCCUGCCCAGUGACUUCGUUUGUGGAACAUCUUCUGCGGCAGUUGUUGUUUGCCAACGAGAAUGGCAGAACAAUCCUUGAAGACGUUUGGACUAAAUUAAACUAUAAAUGAUGUCCUACUGUAUUUCUUUUGUUUGAAUACAUAUUUGGAACUGAA